AUCAGUAUCUAUCUUUUGACGCCCAAGAAGAGGACGACCGUCAAGCCGUAAGUGAAAGCUGACAAGGAGGUUCUGUUGUUGGCAGCAGGAGGUGUAUCUGCUCUAGCUAGCUAGCCAGGCGAAGCCCCCCCUGAGCAUUUCCUAGCUAGCUGCUAGACUCCAAACCGUCCAGAGACACGAGUCUUGGCUUGGAUCGAACUCGCCAUUUAUUUCUUGUUCUGAUUGUGUAAUAGUUCUUGUUUCAUGGUUGUCACUUACUUACUUGAAGUCUGUUAUCCAAUCUUGCUGUUGGUUGAUCCAGUUUAUUUUUAAAAUAGUACAUGUGCAACAAACGGAAGGAUUGAGUAAAGAGAGACGAUGGCGAGCCGAUCGACAGCACUGGAGAUUCUUGACGAUGUGGGAACUCAGAUUGAUCAAGAACGGGCCAAGUGUUUGAAACUGGAAGCUCAGAUUGAACAACUUUUGAGAGAGCAGAAGCAAGAAAAGCAGAUGCAGCAAAGACAGAAGGAGCGUUUGAUGGAUGACAGCAGUUCGCGCAGCCAUUCGUCUCGAAGAUCUGCCGCCAGCAAAACUGCCGGUACGGUUACAAGUACUACUGCUACUGCUACUCCCACUAUAUCUCCCAGGGAAUUCAUGGCCUUGCAAGCCCAAGUGGAUGGUACCAAAGAUAUUGUAGAAGCCUUGACGUGUGAACGACCGGCCAUGGCUGCCGCCAUUCGUCGGGGCGGCGACGACAAAAUUCUACCCCUGGAACUGGUGCGGCUUUUGGAAGUCCUCCCAUGGCAUCCGUAUGUUCAAGAACGGAUCAAUGUUCACGAUGCCAUUUACGAGUGGCAGUGCUACGAUUACGAGAAUCAGCAGUGGCGGGGAGACUUGGUGUCCUUUCCAGAUUUCUUUUUAGCGCUGCCCACGGGACAACAACAUCAACAACAACAAUCAUGUCAUAGUGACGACGACGGGGAGGAACAGGAAGCAGAAUCAGAAAAGGAUUAUGAUGAUACAACUAUCAAAAACGAAUCACAGUCAGAUGACGACGACUUGAACACCUCUUCUACGAGCAUCACUAGCAUCAGUAGCACCCAUUCUUCCGAAAAGGCCCUCGUCAGCGAUUCCAGUCAGAGAUCGCAGCAGUCACGACGAAGAAACAGCAACAAGGCACCUGGAAUUGAUUUUUGGGCAAAUUUACUAUUGAACAGUCAUCAUCAUCAUCACCAUCGCAAUGACAGCUUCAAUGUUCGACCACGACAAGAGCGUCAAGUGGUCUUGACCAACUCGACACUGACACAACGAUAUGCCCUGAGAGCAACGGAAGGAUACCCGCUUCCCAAACCAAAUACAUCCGGAACUUGGAAAUGGGUUGGUCAAUGGAAGAUUGACAAGCAACACAUCAAUGCACAAGGUGGUGAAGAUAUGGAUGCCAGCGCGACGUCAGAUGGGUUACGUUGCGAUGCCGACGGUUGGACGUAUGCACGAGAAGCUUCCCAUUUUGUCCUCUGGAAUGCCCACAAACUCUGGGGCCGUCAAGAUGACGCGUCCAACUGCACGUGCCGAUCCAAACCGCAAACCUUCGCGCCCGACCAUUGUGGUCCUCACUGCCGCUAUAAUGAUGAAUUACAACAACAACAUGGACCACUUCUCAGACGGCGCAAAUGGAUUCGACAACGCGUAUUGGUGGACUUUCCCUACGCUUCCAAGUCCACAUUGGAAUAUCUACGAAUUCAUGCCGAAAAUGCCAGUCUAUCCUUGGCCACCUACGAGUUGGCAGGACGGCUUCGAGAGACCACUACAACCUACCAACAUGUGAAGCAUCAUUGGGAUAUGUGCCACAAAACCAAUCAAGUUCGCUUGCAACACUACCAAAUGAAAUGGGAGCAUCACGAAGAAUUGAUCAAAAAGCUUCGUUACGGCAAAUUCAAACGUAAGAUCUUCGAGCUUUCCUGUAGUCAAGAUGAUAUUCUGCCGAUUAUAGCCAACCCGGCCAUGUUUUGGCAACUUCAACAAGCCUUGCGGCAAAGUGGAGCCAUUACCAAUGCCAUGCUCCAGCAAGGGAUUCAUUUUUACAUUCAAGAUCAUGUCCGACGACAACAGGCGUCGCAGCGAGCUCUGGUGGUACCCCGGCAGCCACAAACAGACAAACAAACCCAGUCAAAGCUUGGUACAAAUGCUGGAUCAUCGUCGCUGUCAUCCAGUAAACAACGCCAUCACAAGAAUGGCAAGAAGGAAAAGAAGCGUAAAUCAAAGCGUGCAUCAAAGUCACUCGUCCGUCCGUCCGACAACAACAACUGCUACGUUGGAGCCAACGAAACAAUGAAUUACUACUGCAAAGUAUUGAAGCCACACACAGUUUUGUGCCGUCCAACUGGUAGUAGAUAACACAAGUCAAUCUUCUUCAAUUCGUGAAUGUGCACGAAAGAUAGAUAGCCCAAGCCCGCAGCUUGUCUCCGCGGAUCCUACCUUCGUCCCACGAGCUAGUCUAUCGGCCACAGGGAAUCGAAUCAGCAUUCCAGACAAAUGUACCGUCCACGAACGUGAUGCGAGAAAAGAUACUUAUUACUAGUUAGUAGUAGAAACGACAACUAGCUACUGGUACGUCAUUUGAGACGAUUGGAAGCAAAAACCAUAAGCUUCCAAAAAAGAAUCGAAAUCCUUUCUCUGUCAACAAGUGGUUCUCUGGACAUCAAUGAUAUGCCUAUAAGCACGGGCAACAACGAGAGGACCCCAUCAGAGAAGCCAGGCUCAUUGUGCAUCAAUGAUAUGCACUAUCUUCUCUCCUGGAUGAUCAAAACUAGUGCUGCUUCAUAAAGGAGAUCAGGAAGC